AUGGCUGGGCCCUUCGCCGUGCGAGUCCUGGAGUGGGCGGGCGGCGUGGCGGGCGCCUACCUGUCGCGGUGCCCCGCCUGCCCCGCGGUGCCCGACUGCCACUGCGCGGCGUGCCCGGCUUGCCCGGCACUGGCUUCGUGCUCGUGCCCGCCGUGCCCGGCGUGCCCGGGCUGCCCGGGCGGGACCGCCGCGCCGGCAGCGCCGGCCUGGCCCCCGCCGGAGAGCCAGAGCUGCCCCGCGCCGACGGAGGUCGAGCGCGGCGGCGCUCCGGCCUGGGGCGGGCUGGGGCCAGGGUGGUGGCUGGUGUUCGGCGUGCUGCUUGGGUGCCUCCUCGGCGUGCUCGGCCAGGCGGUGGUGCGCGGGGGGCUGAGCUGCGCCAGGCGGCUGACGAAGGGCGAGGACUACGGGGACGACAGCGUGGAUGUGGCCGCCGUCCGCUUCUCCGGGGCGUGGGCCGCGGUGCCCGCUGGGGUGCCUCCUGAGCGGGUGUACCGCUUCAGGCAGCAGCCGACAGCUCAGGAGCGGGCGCGGGCGCUGGCUGACGCCCAGGCCGAGGCCCAGGCCGAGUGCCAGCGGAUCGCCGGCGCUCGGGGCGAUCCGGGGCUGCUGGCGAACCUCGUCUUCCUGCGGCCGCUGCCGGUGCCGGGCGGGGCUGCGGCUGCGCCGCGCGCUCCUCGCAUCGGGCCUCUGCAGGGGGCUGCGCCAGCGUGCAUCCACAUUCUCCCGGAUGGCGUCGGGAUCUUCGUCGAGCACGUGGACCCGGCCGACGAGGCCGAGUUCUUCGAUCGGGCGGUCGCGACGGAUGCGCGGAUCACACCGAUCCGCCGCAACCGCCAGGACAGGCGGGAGCGGACCUGGGCGGAGAUGACGGCCGUGCUGAAGCAGGAGAGCUUCGGUGCCGACUGGCAGCUGCCGGGGCCGCGCUCCAGCUUGUGGUGCAUAGAGUUCAUCAACCAGGAGGGGAGUGGACUGCUGGGCCACCACGAGCGUUUCAAGACGGCCUGCCGCCUCGACUGGAACUCGUGGGGGGUCUUCGAGCAUUUCAACAUAUGCCAGGCCCUGACCCAGGGGCUGCUGGUGGACCAGCUGGACGGGAGCAACCUGAUCAUGGUCGAGUACCAGUUCCGGCGGCUCCAGACGAUAGAGUUCGGCCACUCGGAGCGGGCGAGGGAGGCGGAGUCGAAGAGCUACCAGGGGAAGAUGUCGUUGGAGGAGCAGCGCGCGUUCGCGGGGACCACGAGGGCGUCGUCGACGCUCAUGAUCUGCCCGGAGCUGCUGGACUACGUCCGCACCGAGGUGGAGCGGGAGGCGAAGCUGGCCAAGAACCUGAGAGUUGCACGAGAAGAGCGGGAGGCAGGUGCUGUUAGCCGGUCGGUGCGGCAGCGGGUUGGCGCGCGUGCUGCUGUGGAGCUGGACUGUGACCGAGCGGUGCGCAGCCUCAACGGGAUGUUCUCGCAUGCGCCGCAGCCGGCUCUUGGCCAGGGCGCGCCAGCCUGUGCUUUCGUCUCGCGCGCCCAGCGCGAGGCCAUCGACUUCGUCGAGGAGUCGGUGCGGGCCCUGGGAGCGCCGCCCCCGGGGCUCACCCCCGCAGAGGCUCUUCGGAAGCUUCGCGUGGCGAGCUGGUACGACGUGGACUCUGCCAAGCUCGGAUCCUACCGCCCCGACGCGAUCUCACUGCCCUCUGGUACGGUUCGGCCGAUUCCGCUGGAGACUCUGUGGGGGAGCGGCGGGAGUGACACCGUGAAGGAUUUUAUAUCACAGAAUUUGCUGUGCUCCGAGAGGGCGAAGCAGCGACUGCAGGGCGUGGGGCUGGAGCGGGCGUACUCUGACCCCGCCUUGCGGCGUCGGGGUGCUUAUGAGGAAUUCAUUCGUAUGUUGCAGGCGCGUGGCCUCGUCGAUUUCGCCGAGUCUGGCAUCGAGUCCGUCGAGGCCUUCUUCGUGGAGAAGAAGGACCAGAGGCUGCGCAUGGUGAUAGACUGCCGGAGGGCCAACGCUUGGUUCGCCGAGCCGGCCGGGGUGAGCCUGUGCACGGGCGAUGCCCUUUCGAGGUUGGAGCUCGGCCUCAACGACGAGCUCCACAUCCAGGGUGCCGACCUCAGCGACGCGUUCUACCACAUGGGCUUGCCUGAGGAGCUCAGGGGGUACUUCUCCUUCCAGCCCGUGCGCGCCUCGGCGGUGGGCCUCAAGCUCCUCGGCGGGAAGCCACUCGGCCGGGGCGCUCUUGUCACGCCGCGGCUGGCCGUGCUGCCGAUGGGGUGGAGUUGGGCGCUGUGGUGGUGCCAGCGCGUGCACGAGCGCACCAGCGUCGAGGCCGGCGCCUGUCCCGAGCUGCGGAUCGCUGACCGCCGGCCGCCGCCGCCGAUGACGCCGGGCGCCCACCUGGAGUACGUCGACAACUUCAUUGCGAUCGGCACCGACUCCGCGUGGGUGGCGGCGCUCGCGCGGCGCGUGUCGACGCUGCGCGCCCGCGGGCUCGAGGUGAAGGCCGAGGACCAUGCUGGUGAGCUGCCUGGUGAGUCGGAGGCGCUGGGGUGGUGCAUUGACCGAGGACGGUGCGUCGUGCGGCCCACGCGGGCCCGGCUGUGGCGUGCGCGCCUGGCCGUUCGAGGUGUCCUCGGCCGUGGCCGUCUUCGGGGACGCGACCUCGAGAAGCUCCUCGGGCAUCUGGUAUUUAUAUCUCUUAUCAAGCGCGAGGGCAUGUCCUUGUUCUGGAGCUGCUACGCCUUUGUCCGCAAGUGCUACGACAAGGAGACCGGACUGUGGCCGGCUGUGCGGCGUGAGCUGGAGUACUGGGACGGCAUCGCACCCCUCUUGUGGCGCAGCCUCCGUUCGCCUUGGACUGACGAGCUCAUCGUGGUCGACGCGAGCGAGUGGGGCAUCGGGGCUUGCGCUGCCCCUGCCCCCGUCUCGCUGGUGCAGAGGCUGGGCCACGUCUCCGAGCGCUGGAGGUGGCACCAUGGGCUGGCCGGCUCCGCGCCACGCCGGCACGCGGGGGCCGCGGCGGCCGCCGCCGCGCUGGCGGGCGACCCCGCCGACGCUGCGCCGUGGAUGCUGGGAGCGGAGGCGGUCGCGGCCGCGGGCCUUCCUCCGCGGCAUGCCGGCGGCGACGGGACCCAGGCCGCCGGCGCAGCCGAGGGGGCCGCCGAGAGCGGGUUCGACGAGGUGCCGCCGGACGUGAUCGAGCUGCCCUGGCGCACCGUGGGGCGGCACCGCUGGCGCUGGCCGGAGGAGAGCAUGCCGGUCGCCGAGGCGAGGGCCGUGCUGCACGGGCUCCAGCAUCUCGUGAGGGCCUCGCGGCACCGCGGUCGGCGCGUCGUGGUGCUGGGCGACUCCUUGAGCGCGGCCGGGGCCGUGGAUCGUUUCAGGAGCAGUUCUUGUAAAAUGCUCCGAGUCACUCAGGCCAUCGCCGCCGUCACCCUUGUCACCGCCACUACCCUCCACUACCGCUGGCUGCCCUCAGAGUGGAAUGCAGCCGACAACCCCUCGCCCCCGACCUGCUUCCUCCAUACCUUCCAUGUAGAAGGUCUGGUGUGGAUCAUUCCAGGCGGCGGCAGUUUGGAACUCUGCUACGAGGGCCCACCAGGCCUCUCGGAGAUCACGUGCCUGGUCUUCAGGUGCCACGUGUACGAACGCAUGGCCAGGACCCAGUACUUCAUCUGCAGGCUCCAGGAGAUCAGCCCGACCCUCCGGUUCGACAUCGGAGACUUAGAGAUUGGGAUGUUCGGGGAGCUCACCAAACUCAUGUCGAAGCCGCUGCCCCCGAUAGCGAUGCCGACACCACAGCAGCAGCGUGCAGACACUCAGAGAAGAAUGGGCCGCAUGAUGAUGGAGAGCUCAGACGACGAGGCGGUGACAUCUGACAUUGGCAAGGGCAAGGGCGGCCGCAGCAGCAAGGGCAUGGCCAGCAGCAAGGGCAAGGGCAAGGGCACAAUCGUCGCGCAGUUGCAGGACGCCACCAGCAGCAGCAACGCAUCGCAAGCACAGCCCUUGCAGGACGGCAGCCCAGACACCAGCGGGGGCAAGAGCCGCGAGGCCGAGGGCGAGGAGAGCGAGGACGAGGGCAGCAGCAUCGAGGAUAGCGAGUCCGAAGACGCCUUCGACCCUGACGACAUUGCCUUGAGUGAGUCCGACCACGAGGUCAAUGUAGAUGCGAAGAAGCCGCACACCGAUUUCACGAUGAAGCAGAACUGGGCCCACCGCAACGUGGAUGACCAACCCGCGGACGGAGCCGUGCCGUCCAAGACGGGCUACGCGAUCUUCACAUGGAAGGACGGUGACAGGUGGUGCCCAACGCCGAGGGUCACGAUGGAGCAGAUCGGCUACGCCAAGAAGGUAGAGAAGCGGGUCGAGGCCAAGGGCAGUGACGCGCAGGGCUCCAAUGGCAAGAAGAAGACGAGGGACGACUCACCUGCCACGGGCCAGGACGCGAAGUCGCCAGGCAGUAUCAGUGCUGGGGGCAAGAGCCUUGGCAAGGGAAAGAGCAAGGGCAAGAAGGGCAAGGGCAUGGACGACGUCAAGGUGGACAGCAAGAAGGGCAGGUCCAAGGGCAAGAGCAGCAAGGACGUCAGCGACAAGCAGGUGGGCAGCACGAAGGGCGCGUCCAAGGGCAAGGGCAACAAGGUCAAAGGCGUGCAGGUCGAGCAGGACAAGCGCACGAUGCAGUCGAUCAUUUCGGCGGUGCGGCCCAUGUGCGAGAAGUACGAGGGCUUCUACGCGGGACGGGUGGGCAUCAACCUGCGCCCCAAGCUGGCCAACGGAGGCUGGGAGGUCUUCAUCAAGGACCGCAGUGGGCAGAGGUUCCAGCGGACGAGCAGACAAAGCGAGAUCGGUGGCGAAGAAGGCCUACGUGCUACUGUGACCGAGGCGAACAACAUGAUGAUCAAGAUGGCCGACGCUGAGAAGGCUGCAGCAGAGAUGUCGAAGAAGCGCGACACGUCGAAGGAGAAUGGCAAGCCGAUCGAGAAGCCCGAGGAGAACCCCGAGUCAGAGACGAGUCUCGCCGGGGAGAGCUCGCCGGGGCCGAAGGAGUAUUGCGCACAGCGCGCGUACUCGUGGGGCGGCCACGGCGACAAUUUCAGUGCACAAGGGCCGCACUACGGCAUAUCAGGGUUCAAGGGCACGUUCAAAGCGAUCGACGAGAUGGGCUACGAGUUCGGUCGCCCCAUGGGCCCCACAGCAGAGGUGGCCAUUGCAUUCAUGGCCCCACAGCAGAGGGCAAACGUCUCGUUGGCGAACGACAAGCAGGGCGCGGCGCACAGCCAGAGGGACAAGCACUGGCCCCUGAGCAACGUCGUCAGGGAGCAGAAUCAAGAUGCCGAGCGCAACGAAGUCACUGGGGACCCCGCUGGCCAGAAGCGGAAGGGCGGUGGCGGCAGCGAGGGCACCUUGGCUGGCACGCUCGGCGCGACGAUCCCAGGGGGCAAGGACUCCGCGCAGGAGAUCAGUGACGACGAGGAGAAAAAGGCCAGUGAGGGAAAGAAGGAAAGCAGUAAGACGCACGCUCAAGAUUGUGCAGACAAUGUGUUCAAAUGCCGCCGCAUCGCAGGGUCGGAGAAGGCGACUUCCAUCGAGCUCAAGAAGGCCUUCACGUCCCUCUCAGACGUGCCUGACGAGAGCAAUCACAUCUUCGCGAGCAUGUCUGAAUUUGCUGGACCGCCUCUAACGGGUGACCUCGUCUUCUCCAUUACGUACAAGGUGAAGCGCAAAACCUUGGCGCGCGACAAGAUGUUCAACCGCUACCUUGAGAAGGCGACCAAGGGCGAGAUCGACGUCAGCAGCGAGGAAGCGCAGGUGAAGCGGGGCCUGAGGGAGCUGUGGGAGGCGGCCGGCGCAGACUUCACCGGGGCAGCAUCUUACACCGCGUGGGCAACUCGCAACGGCCUGAAGAAGUACGACUCGAGGCGUGAAUGCUACCUGUACUACCACACAAAGAAGCUGGAACACUUCGGCACGAGGAAGGAGGGCAUCAUGGAGAAAGAGAAAGCCAUGUCCGACGACGGCGACAUGCCGCAGCCAGCGGGGAGCUCGGGUGAGAGCGACUACGGCGACUGCGGGGGGAGCUCCGACGACCCCAGCGACGACGACGACGGCCACAAGAAACGCAACAAGGAGAAGCGUCGCCGCGACGACUCCAGCGGAAGCGACAGCACCUCCGCCUCCAAGAGGAAGCGCAACAAGGCCAAGGAUAAGGAGAAGGGCAAGAGCUCCAAACACAAGGGCUCCAAGGACAUGGAGACCGCUGGGGUACGUGCUCUGGAACUGCUGGCGCUGCGGCAGUCGAUCAUCUCGGGGGUGCCGCCGUGCCCGGCAGUGUCGCUGGCGUGCCCGCUGGCGAACCUGACCUGCCCGCCGCAGGGGGAAUCGUGGGAGCCGGCGAGUUCGACUCACCCUCGGCGUGCUGGGGGACUCUCGCUGGGAUCGCGGCUGGGCUGGGGCUCGGCCGCGCCGUCCCGCGCCGCGGGCGUGCUGCUGGCGCCGAGAGAGAUGAUGAUCGCGCACCGUCCCCUGCCCCCGCUCGCCGCGGAGGGGGAGUGGUGCGCUGACUUGGCGGUCGGCACGCUGGUCCGGGUCUCCUACGCCGGGGAGACCAUGGACCACACGAGGGUCGUGCUGUGGUCCAGCCGCCGCAUGGACCAGAGGCGACGAGUCCGAGGGCGACACGCCUACUGGGUGCUCUCCGCGGACGGCGACGUCUGGGAGGAGGACCUGAGCGGGAGGAAUGCAGCGACUGGGCCGUCGGGCGGGUCGCUGCUGGACCAGGCGACGGGGAACCCGCCCGACGGCCGCCGCCUCUAUCGGUUCCGUGCGCGGCCCAGCCUGGACGAGGUUGUGGAGCUGGCGGCGGAGUGUCGGGCCACUAUGCUCAGGCGUGGGCAGGCCGAGGCGGAGGGGCCGACGAGAGUGGUGCUGGCCGACGGGGCGGUGCGCCCCGGCCACGACUACUUCCCGUGGCUGGUGGCCCCGCGCCCGUGGGUGCUGACGGAGCCGCUCCCUGGCAUGCCCAUCGGGACCGUGGUGGAUCCGCUCCCGGUGGGGGCGCUGCGCGACGGGAGCCGGGCCCUCGGCCUGCUCCCGAGCUGCGGCCGCUGGGCGAGGCUCGAGCAGGUGGACGAGGGCCAGAUCGUCGAGUGGGCUGCCAAGAGGACGAAGGAGCUGCUGCUCGACCUCGGCGCGGAGCCCGACGCCAUGGGCGCCGCCGAGCCGGUCGGCGGGACUGAGACCCCUCCGCUGCGCGAGGCUCGCUCGUCUGGAGGCGACCGCCUAGGCGAGAAGCUGGGGCUGACCGCGGAGGAGCCCGCCGAGUCGGCCGCAGGGAAGGACGACGCCAGCGGCGACGCGCGCACGCUGUGGGUCGACUGGGACGAGCAGGGCGAACGCAGGAAGGAGUUCAAGCGGGCGGUGGCUGAGAGCUCGGAUGUGAAGUGGGACCAUCACAGGCUGCCCGCCGACCGCACUUGCCUCCACACGUGCAAGAUGAUGGUGAACUUGAGUGGGUCCCCGCGCGCGUGGCUGGAGCGCUUUCUCAGGGAAAAGGGGAUAGCUUCUACGGAUCGAGUGGCGCACGAACUCCAAGUGUUGUGCGACAUCCUGGAGGAAGCAGGCGAGUUUGACCAGAUCAAUCUCGGAGGACUGGCCUGCUUGGAAGUGGCCGCCCUCCGGCUGAACCUGCUGGUGGACGCGCACAAGAGCGGGCCGGCCUCGUACUCGAACGCGAAGUACCUCUCGCCGCUGACCGACGUGGACCAGUUGAUGGCUCCUGGCUUGCGGUCUCACGUGUCGAGGCGCGCCAAGGAGGAGUACGAGCUGAUGCAGGGCGACAGGAAGGCCGAGGCGGUUGCUGCUGGGGCGGCUGGCGCGCGGGUUCCACCGCGCGAGGGGGCCGAUGACUCGGCCAAGGGUGGCAAGGGCGGCGGCGGGGGCGGCCGGGGCAUGACGGACCAGUCUCAGCCGGCGGAGUGGGCCCCUGCCGGCUGGGCUAACACAUCGGCCCGGCGAGCGCCGCUGGCCCUGGCGAGCGGGGAUAGGGACCUCUUCCCCCUCCCUCGCCUGGCCAGGCCGCCCGCCAGCAGGGGCGGCAGCCGCGCCCGGAUUGCUGGCGCUCGGCGGCGGCGCGAGCACGAAUUGGUGAACGGCGCGAUCGACUCUCUCAACUGGCUUGCUGGAUGGGAGCCUGACGACGUGGGCCCGCCGCGCUCCCUGGACGCCAUGGGGGGCAAGCAUGCUGGGAUCGUGCAGUGGGUGGCCAGCGAAGCUCUUCGGCGCCAAGCCGCAGCUCCCAGCCCCUGUCCGUCCCAAGAGGCAUCGCUCAGUGCGUUGCUCAAGGGGUGCUCGAUCUACGACACGUCGGGCUCCCCGAGGAACCUGGCCUCCUUCGUCCGCGAGCGCGUGUCCUUGCCCCCUUCGGUUGUCGGCUGCCUCCAGGUGGACGAUAUCGUGGGCGAGGCCGGCCGCACCUACCUGAAGGAGAAUCAAAAGCGUAUGAGGCGGCCGAUCGAGGAGAUCGAUUUUGACAGCUUGCCGACUCCCUAUUUUGACCCGCUGCUGAAGCGGAACAAGAAGAUGUACCACAACUUUUUGAAGGAUCUCUCGUCCCGCGGGCUCUUGCUCGCCACCUUGUCUCCCGCAGAGCAGGCUGGCCUGUUCUUCGUGAAGAAGGCCGACAGCGACAAGAUGCGCAUGAUCGUGGAUGCGCGCCGGGCGAACGCUUGGUUCGGCGUGCCCCCCAGCGUCCAGCUCCUGUCGUGCGAGGGGUUCGGCAGGGUGGAGGUGAAGCUCCCAGAGGGCGUCGCCUUCGGCUCGGCGCGGGGAGAGGAGCUGCUGAACGGCUUCAAGCUCUUCUUGGGCAUGACGGACGUCAAGGACUGCUUCUACAGGAUGCGCAUCCCGGUGAGCCUGGCGAAGUUCUUCUCGCUGCCCGCCGCCCCGGCUCACGUCCUGGGCCUGGAGGGGCACGAGCUGGAGGGGGCGAGGCUGGGCUGCGACACCCUCGUCUUCCCCUGCAUCGGGGCUCUCCCCAUGGGAUUCUCUUGGUCCCUUUUCCUCGCCCAAGACGCGAACGAGGAGAGGGUCGUCCGGUCUGAUCCGUGGCCAGGGGGAGACACGGCAGUCUCGGAGCGGGUCCUGAUGAGUGAUCGCGGACCGCCGCUCGUCGUGGAGGUUGAGCCCGGGCUGCACGGGGGUGCCUACGUGUACGUCGACAACAUGGGGGUGCUCGCCCCCUCGGAGGGCCUCGCCAAGAGCGCCCUCGAGAGCUGGACUGGUCUCUUCGAGGGGGUCGGCCUUGACUUGCACAAGAGCUCGGUGGGCUCGGGCGCGUGCGAGGCGCUCGGGACCAAGCUUGACCUCGAGCUGAUGAGGUCGGGCGUGAGCGACGGACGGUUCUGGAAGGUGUACCUGGGACUGGGGGGCCUGCUAGCCCGCGGCCGAGCGACAGGGCGCGCCUUGGAGGUGGUGCUGGGCCACUGCACCUUCUGCGGGCUGGCCCUCCGAGGGUCUCUGAGUUGCUGGCACGCCUCGUACCGCUUCAUCCAGCGGCACUACCUGGAGCCCGCCCGGCUGUGGGCAGAAGUCGUGAAGGAGAUCAAGAUGUUCCGCGGGCUGCUCACCCUGAUGGUUCAGGACUGGUGGCGGCCAUGGAACUGCUGCGUGCUCCAGACCGACGCGAGCGAGAGCGGCUGGGGCAUGGCGCAGUCGUUCUGGCCGCAGCACGUGGUGGAGCAGGUUGGCCGGCUGCCUGAGCGAGCCCGUUUUCGUUCGGCGCUGGGCAGACCGGCGCGAGAGAGCGCGCUCGCUGCCGCCAACCUUGCUUGGGACAGCUCGGGCGCCCUGUGCAGUUUUGAGGACAUGAAGAAUCCUGACUCUCUUGCGUCUGACCCCCUGUCCUCGUGGGAGCUCGACCCCGGGUUCGCUGAAGUGCCCUGGCAGUGGCUCCGAAAGGGGGCCUGGGAGACCGUCCGGUCCGGGGUCUGGCGUUUUGCUGAGGACAUCCUGAUCCUUGAAGCCAGGGCCCUCGUAAAAUCGAUCCAGCGGCUGGCAAAGACCGCGCACGGGGUCUGUGUGCGACAGCUCUUUCUGUCCGACAAUAUGUCUGUGGUGCUAUCCUUUUCCAGGGCUCGUUCGUCCCGCUUCAGCUUGCUGGUUCAGAUCCGUCGAUUCUACGCCUAUGCGAUUGCGUUGGGGCUUACGGCUCGGGUGCUGGCCGAGCCGGUGCCGCAGGCGCGGACGCCCCCCCAGCGGGCAGGCGCUCGGCGGCCGGCCGCACGGACUCGUGCGCUGGCAGGCGCGGCAGCGCAGGCGGGCUCGCGCUCGGACCCGAGCGGUGCGAGGGCGAUCGCCAGCCCCGGGGCGCUGGGCCGGACGCGGGUGCUGGUGCCGGCCCCCCUCUUGCCUUCAAGGAAGAGGGCCAGCCAGGCUGGACGGCAUCUCUCGGCCCUCGACGAGAGGGACGCGAACGGGCUGGACCUCGCUGGAGACGCCGGGGAGGACGCCGAGGGCGACAGCAGCUCCAGCGGCUCCGACUCGGUGGUGGAGCAGCUGGGGCGGACUCGGGCCCGAAUGCGGCAGCUGCGCGCGCGGAGGGCGCACCGGCGGGCGAAGCUGUACGCCGAUGCUAUCCUGGCGGCGCAGGGCGAGGGCGUGAGCCUCCUGGAGACCUUGGCGGUGACCCAGGCGACGCAGGUGAGGUACCAGCGAUAUCUCGAUCGUUUCUACUCUCGUGCCGGCCUGAGCCGGAGGGAGAUCCUGGCGAAGCCGGACACGGAGAUCGACGAGCUCAUGUGCAAUUACAUGACCGAGAAAUACUUGCAGGGCGAGCAGAGCAACUACGGAGACCAGACGGUCGCGGCCUGGGUCAGCGCGAACCCGGACUUCGGGCGCGUGGGAGGUCGCAAGCUGCCGCGGACCUGGCGGGCGCUGAAGGCCUGGCGCAGGCUGACUCCGGGCAGGCGGCGGAAGGCCCUUGCCCUUCCGGUCUGGUGCGGGCUGGCCUGGAGGCUGGCGCAGCGAGGACACCUACGCCUGGGCAUCUUCUUGAUGAUAGGCGUAUCGAUCUAUGGUCGGCCCUCGACUUUGCUGGCCGCCCGGCGGUGCGACCUCGUGCCUCCGUCCCCUGGUGUCAGCCGGCACUGGGCUCUGUUGACCCACCCGCUGGAGCGGAAGAGGCCGAGCAAGCGUGGGCACUUCGACGAGGGCUGCCCCCUGGACUCGCCGUACCUCCAGGGCUUAGACGAGGUGUUCGGGCGGCUGGCCUCGACGACGUCGAAGGAGCCGCUGUGGAACUUCAGCUACCCCGAGGCAGCGACGCUGCUCAAGGAGGCGGCAGAGGACCUCGGGGUGGCCCCAGUGACAUUGUACCAGAUGAGACACUCGGGCGCCAGCAUCGACCUGGCGAAGGGCUGGCGCAGUCUGACCUCGGCUCAGCGACGCGGGGAGUGGACGCAGGCGAAGUCAAUGCACCGCUACGAGCACAGCAGCAGGCUCGGCAGCGACUAUGCAAAGCUCGACCCCCGGCUGCGCGCGACGUGCGAGGAGGCGGAGAGGCAGCUGGCGCUCAUCCUGACGGGCCAGUACCUCGGCGAUCUUUUCGCAGGCUGCCGAGCUGUGUCUCGGGCGGCCGAGGCCGAGGGCUUCCGUGCGAGAAGUUGGGACGUCAUCUAUGAUGCAGAGUGGCAGGAUUUGUUGUCGCCGGCCGUGCUGCGGGCGAUCAAAUCUGACGCUCGAGCUGGCCGGCUGGUGGCCGCGGCAAUGGCCCCUCCAUGCCAGACUUUUUCCCUCGCGCACGACAGGUCGAGGCCGGUGCGCAGCCGCGAGAAGCCAUGGGGCUUCCCUGCCUCCGAGCUGACGCCUGCCGAUGCCGAAGCAGUGGAAUUAGGGGCCAUACGUGUGAUGUUGGGCAAGCACAGCAAGAGGGACAGCAGCAGGGACGCCAACAAGGGCAAGCGCAAGGCCCCAGGAAGCCUCACCGAACAGGCUCUCAUGGAGCCCCUGUGCCCCGAGAUCCACGAGGCCAUCAUCGGGCGAGGCCUGCGAGGCCCUCGGGAGAUUCUUGACCCCCAGGGCUCGGACAGCCACUCCAAGGGCAAGACCAAGCGCAAGCCCGAGGUCGUGCUGGCGCAGAACGCCCGCGUGCCCAAGCCGAAGAAGUUUGCGAAGGCGAAGGGCCAGCCGAAGCCUGCUCCGAAGCACCCGAAGGCUGUGCCCAACCCGUUUCCAGGGAUGUGGAGCCCUGGGUCGCGCGACGAGGGCGUCGCGUGGCAUAGGCGGCCGCGGCCCGUGUCGCGAGUGGCCCUGCAGAGGGCGAAACUCGCUACAGCUCCAGUGGACGCGGAAGUUUUCACAAUCACCCGAGUGUUCGACGCUAUGGGGCACAGAGGAAACGAUCUCACCAAUGGGUUGCCGAUUCCGCUGAAUCAAGUCUGUCAUUCUACGAUAUCGAUGACGCACGCGUUCAACGCUUGCUGGAUGUCAUCGAAGGCAACAGGAGACUCGGUGGCCAGGCUGGUGCGGCAGGGCCAGGCGCCGCUGGGCCGCCCGGGAAGCCUGCCGAUGUUGGCGCGGGCGCGGCCGCCCGCGGCGCCGCCGCGCACCCCGACGGCCUCGGCGACGCUGACCCGGUCUACGUUCAGGCGGCGUCGGGUGGCGGCGACUGCGGCGGCGGCUGCGCGCCGGCGCUCCGCUGCCGUGCUGCUGCCGGGCCUGAGCGUGCUGGAGACGGGGUCGAUCACGGCGGCGACGCGGGCGCAGUACGUGGAGGCCUUCGACGGCUUCCAGGCUUGGAUGGCACGGCGGGGCGUGCAGCCCACGACGCUGGACGACUACGACGAGCAGCUGGUCCUCCGCCUGGACGAGCUCUACCUGGACGGCGAGGGGAUCGGGGCCGGGCAGAAGCUCUUCGCGUCGGUGCUCUUCUUCCUGGGGCUGACGAAGGCGGCGGGCUCGCCGAUGGCACGAGCGCGGCGGGCGCUGCGCGGGUUCCGUCGGUUGGCGCCGCCUACCUCGCGGCUCCCACUCCCCUUCGAGCUGCUGGGCGCGCUGGUGAACCACCUCGUGAGCGUCUCGAAGCUCGAGGCGGCGCUCGUGCUGUGGCUGAGCUUCGAGCUGUACCUGCGCCCAAGCGAGCCGUACCACAUCCGGGCCACCGACUUGGUUCGCCCGGCUCGCGGCCGCCUGGGGCACGACAGCUGGAGCGUGACUCUGCACGCCGCCGAGACGGAGGUGCUCUCGAAGACCGCCGAGUACGACGAGGCGCUGAAGCUGGACCUGCCGCGGCAGGAGCUGCUGGGCCCGACGCUGGAGGCCUCAGUGGCCGCGCGGCUCGGCCCCGACUGGCGGAGGCUUCGCCCCGCGGCAGCGCGCGGCGCCGCCGCGGGCGGCCGCGCGAGCGGCGCGGCCCCGGAGCCUCUGCUGUUCGUGAUCACGCAGCGCGAGGUCUCGAGCGCCCUCUCGGCCGCCGCCAGGGCCCUCGGGAUCGAGAAGUUCCUGCCCGGCCUGCACCCUUACAUGCUCAGGCACGGGGGCGCGUCUCUCGACUACGGCAGCAAGGCCAGGUCCCUCGUCGACGUCCAGCGCAGAGGCCGGUGGCAGUCGUGGCAUUCGGUCCGCCGAUACGAGAAAGGCGCUCGCCUGUCGCAGGUGCUGCAGAUGGUGCCCGCUGCGAUGCAGGUGUUCAGCGGGUCCGGGCGCCUGGGACGGGCGAUCGCCGCUGAAGGGCUGCCCGUCCUGCUUUGGGACAUCUGCCUGGGCCCCGAGUAUGACCUGCUGAGGCCGCAGAAGCGUGGGCUGAUUCGGUCCUGGGUUCGAAGCGGCCUCGUGAUUGGCAUCCACCUCGGGACGCCCUGCAACACGUGGAGCCGCGCGCGGGACAUCCCGCCCGGACCGAUGCCGCUGCGGAGUGACUCCUUCCCUCUUGGCCUUCCCGACUUGAGCGUCAAAGAUCAGGCCAAAGUUGAUGCCGGCAACGUUUUCAUGAUUUUCAGUGCUGGCCUCAUGCACGAGGCCAUCAGGGCCAACAUCCCAGCUAGUAAUGAGAAUCCUCAGACGAGCCGACUUUGGCUCGCCCCUCCUUUCGUCCGCCUGCUGCGCUCGUCGGCCGUCACUUUCACUGUCACGCAUUUCUGUCAGUGGGGAGCGCCGUGGCGAAAAGCCACGGCUUUCGCCACAGUCAACCUCGAUAUGAGUCGCAUCGGUCGUGCGCUGUGCAAGUCUUCCAAGAGAGGAGUUUGUUCCCGCACUGGCCUGCCGCACGCCCAGCUGCAUGGAAAAAACGUGGAGCGCGUCUUUAAAACCAAGCUGGCCGAGGCUUACCCUCAGCGGCUGUGCAACGCCCUCGCCCAAGCCUAUAGUAAUGCCGUAAUAUCUCACAGGCGCGACCACGCCGGCGAGAAUGCGGACCACAACGUGCCCAAGAAAACCGGCAAGAAGGUCGGAGCCGCGGCGGCGCCCCCGCAGAGCGCGCGGUCGGGCUCCGUGCAGCUGAUGCCGUGCCAGCGGCCCUGCACGCCCAGGGCGAAGGGGGCGGCGGCGGAGAGCCUCCCGAGCGGCCGGAAGACCCCGCGGUCGAGCAAGCUGCAGAUGACGCCCGAGUCGCGCCGGCCGAGCUCGGUGUUCUCGGACGGCGAGGGCGACUCUCGGUCCCUCGCCGCGCUGAGCGUGUAUUCGGACGUCGGCCAGCAGUCGCGCCUGACCCAGUUGUCGCGCAAGACGGUCACGCGCCAUCAUCUGAGCACUAGGGAGCUGGAGGAGAUCCAGGUCGAGGACUGGGACAGCUGCCGCGCCCCCGAGGAACGGGAUGAAUUGCCGCAGGGCGCUGAACGCCACCGACCUUGGCAGCGCCGGCCGCACGGACCGUUCGAUGAAGGUCACGGUCCCGAAGGAGAUCAGGGUUCAACCUGA